GCGGGAUGCCACCGGAAACACUCCGUUGACCCGCUGUUGCAUUGUGGGUAGGCGGAAAAAGGCUCCAAAAGGUACGCGAAAGCGACAGACGCACGUUGCAGAGUCGCCGAGAAGGAAGAAACAAAAACAAAGAAAUCGUUUUCCACGACGGAAUCAAGGAAGACUUUUGAAACAUGUCCAUCGGCGUGCCAAUCAAGGUCCUGCAUGAAGCAGAGGGACACAUUGUGACCUGUGAGACCAACACUGGAGAGGUGUACAGGGGAAAGCUGAUUGAGGCUGAGGACAACAUGAAUUGCCAGAUGUCAAACAUAACAGUGACAUAUCGUGAUGGCCGGGUGGCACAAUUGGAGCAAGUCUACAUCCGUGGCAGCAAGAUUCGCUUUCUGAUUUUACCGGACAUGUUAAAGAAUGCUCCUAUGUUGAAGAGUAUGAAAAACAAGAACCAGGGAUCAGGUGCAGGAAGAGGAAAAGCAGCUAUUCUCAAAGCACAAGUGGCUGCAAGGGGGCGAGGCCGUGGUGGAAUGGGGAGAGGCAACAUCUUCCAGAAGAGGCGAUAAAUGUUCUGGCUUUGUUAAGAUUGUUGAGUUGUAUAGUCUUUUUGUUUUUAAAUUGUCUUCUUUGGAUUGGAUAUGUUGGAUGUUUGCAGUCCUGUUUUUUUGCAUCGGGAUACUUUAAUUUCAUUUUUUAUGAAAAUAAACAUAUUUCAAUUUGA